CUUUUCUUAUUUUCCCUUUUACUCUACAGUUCUAUUGCCAUAAUUACGUCACGUUUCUCCAGGAGAUAAAUGAGUCUACUAGCGUUCUGUGUGGGACAAACUCCCUUGCUCCAACAUGUGUUAUGUUCCCUACAGUAAGCAAUAACUUAACAGGAGGUAUUAACUGGCCUGCAGCAGGUAUGUCGGCAUCAAGCCCAGACCAGAAUGCUAUGACCCUUAUCAAAGUCAGAGAUGGUAAUAUGGUCAUAUAUUCUGGAGCGCCAACAAAGGCUGAGUACUCUUAUGCCUUCAGUCGUACUAUAAUGUCUGCGGAAACGCCUAACAGCACACCUCUGAGUGUGGUAAGGACGAAUACAGAUGUAUCGACCUGGAUCGAAACAUCAUCAUCAAUGGCUCCCAGUUUUAUUGGGGACCCAAUCGAGUACAAUGGGAAGGUCUACUUCUUUUUCAGAGAGGAGGCUGUGGAAGCAAAGAAUGUAAACAAAGUGGUCUACUCCAGAGUUGGACAAGUCUGUGAGAAUGAUCCUGGCGGUGUAGAGGACGGUGCUGGAGUCUUCACCACUUUCUUGAAAGCUCGCCUCAGCUGUGCGACGGGUGGUGAAUUUCAGAUGCCAUUCAAUUACCUUCGUGGAAUCUUCAGAUCAAAACAAGAUCCAGACAUCAUUUUUGGUGCCUUUACAACACCAGAAUCUGGGUUUGCUGCAUCAGCCAUUUGUGCCUAUCAUCUUGCAGAGAUAGAAGCUCUAUUUACUGCGUCACCUUUCAAAGGCCAGAAGACAGGCAGUUCAUUCUGGCUCAAUGUGCCCUCCAAUGAUGUCCCAGAGCCAAGACCAGGCCAGUGCUCCGCUACACAACCUUUUGACAGCUAUGAUAAAUUCCAACUCAUGUCCGAGCUGGUUCCUAACAAAGCAGAUUACACUGCACCUGCUCGUACUGACCUGGCCGCUAUGCAGACCAGCCCUCCCCUCCUACUCCUUCAGCUCUACCGAUUUCAACAACUGGCCGUCCAAGAGAGGGAUGUGUCGGGACUGGCUUAUGAUAUUUUCUUCCUUGGCACAAGUGAAGGACAGAUUUUAAAAGCAUACAUCUACAAUGGAAAUGCAAGGAUAGUUGACGAGAUUCUACUAAGUCUGGACAGUGAUGUCGCUGAGGCCAUUAACGUCAUGAAAAUCGAUAGCCAAGGCUCAAGAAUAUUUGCCAGCACAUCAUCGAGGGUGUACAGUGUUCCAACAGAGAAUUGCCAGCGUUUUAAAACGUGUUCAGACUGUGUUUCAGGACUAGACCCAGCAUGUUCAUGGGAACUAUCUGGUGAUCAAGGAUGUAUAGCCUCUCAAGAUGGAAUAAUGGAUCUAGCAAAUGGAGAUCCUGCUGCAUGUCCUGUAGCAUCAUCAACCCCGACGAUCCAGACCAACCCGGCCACGCCGGCCAGUGAGACCACCGAUCAGACGCCAUCCUCGCCAAGGAUGACCACGGGCUCCGAUGGAAAAACGCCCGGCUCCGACUUACAAACCGGUACAUACAAUUCUACAGAGAGCAUGGGCACCUAUCCCCCAUCUCCUCCAAACUUGACCACCACCACCAAUUCCAUCCGAUUAACGGCCCGUACAACUCCACCACCACAACCACCAACAACUUCGCAAACAACCACCGAGUACAAUCCCUUCAACUCCACACUCCAGUCGCCGAAUAGCGGCCAGCAACAAGUUUGCGAAUGUGAAGAAGGUCCUAAGAGUGAGCUUCAUAUGUGCUUUCCUUGGAUUCUCGGUUCGGUGUUUCUCUUAUGCUGCUGCAAUAUACCUACUUGUAUUGCCAUCUUCCUGAGCUGCAGAAAGAAGAAAAAACACUAUUCCCCAUCUGCACUGAAAAGAAAUCGUGACGCAUCUCAAAAGGUACCAUUGCGUUCCAUGGAGCGGCUGAACUCCGACUUAGACGAGGAAGCUGAUGAACUGUCACCCAUGACAGACACUGACAACGGGUCUCCUCACCGUCACAACGAGAACUCGUUACAUGAAAAGAAGAACGGGCAGUCUGUAGCGUUAAGGAUACCUUCAAAAAGCACACCUGUCCGAGGGACAACAUUAUCGACAUCAGAAGCAUGAUAGUUUGUGUGUGUGUAUAUAGUGUGACUACAUUUUUAAAGUAACAGCAUUCCAGAACUGAAAUUAACCAGUUUAAACCCCGGUGCUUGAUUGUCACUAGUUGAGAUGGCGAGGGAGCUCUUCUGCCUUCUUGAUCAAUUCCCAACCAGCCCAUUGUCACUGAUGAUACACAGUACUAUACAUGCACAGGUCAAGACAGGCAUGUGUGACCUCAGCUGGAGGUCAGAGGUCAUCCAUCAGCAUCCUGAGGCUGAGAGCAAGGCAUCUAUCUAUUGGUCUAUUGAUGGAGAGCUAAUGUUGACAGAUUAUUGAUCAUCACUACUAAGGAUAAAUGCCGUACUAAAGGAUACUUGGUUCUUACUUAUAUCAGUACAAAGAAACAUGCAACCCCUUUUAUGGUGUAGUUAUCAAAGUUCUGUCAUCUAGGCAGUAAAGAAGAAGAUAAUCUAUGGAUAGCAGGCCAUUGAUGGUUAACAGUAUGUCAUUAGUGUUAAGAGUCAAGUAAAUUUACCAUGAAAUUUUUUAAAGGAAUUAUUAUAAAUGAAGAGUAAAAACUGACAAUGUGGCAUGAUUUCAACGAUAAUAAAUGCACUUUUGGUGGUCAUAAUGAGUGAAAAAUGUUUAAUUUCAAUAUCCCUUUUGAGCACCAUUUCCUAGUACAUUAAAACUUGCCAGUGUUUAGGAAUUAUCUUACAUGCCUGAUCCAACAUCAAGAAUUUGCUGAUAAUUGUCAGAUGAAAAUAAUAUAUUGUAUCUAGUACUCUUUUGUAAAGCAAGAAUAAGAUGUUAAAAAUUAUUUCAUUUUGUGUAUAUAUGAAUAUCAUGUUUAAUUUUUUUUUUUGCCUGUACUGCAUUCUUUUUUUGUAGAAAUAAUAUUGCAAUUUGCGAUCUAUCAAAUGGGAAUGUACAUGUACAUAGAAAAUGUUGUAUACUACGUGUAUGAUUUGUACAUAGAUAUAUAAAUUUUUGUUAUUUAUUUCAGUUCCGACAUUUUUUAUGCGUAUUUACUGUAAGUUUGCCAAAUUUCAUGUUUUUUUCUCUUCAGUUUUAUAAAAAAAGUGCUAACAGAGCUUGAUAUCUUCCUCUGCUCUGUACUUUUGAUCAUGAAGAAAAUGUUGGUUUGAAAUUAGUCAUACAUGCUGUACUCUAUGGCCUGUAUUCUGAAGUCGGGUUUAACUUCCACCGUGGUCUAACUCUGUGCUAAAAUUAUGGGAAGCCAAACGUUUCAAAAUUUUGUUUACAGUGAAUGCUUCUCAUGUUUACUGUGCUCUUUGCUAAUUCCUUAAUAGUGAAGGUAACAACCAUACUUAUCCUUCCCAGGCAGUUUAUAAUGUUUUUGGAGUCAAAUGAGCUGAUACAUUGAACCUCUACUGUUAUAGAUUUAUGUAACAACUGGCUUUCCAUAGUUAAACCUCAACUUAAAACCAGAGUUUAAAUUAAACAUGACUUUAGAAUACGGGGAUAUGUAUUUACCUGGCACUCAUUUUGAAAUUCCAUUCAGUAAUCCGUGUAUCCGUAUAUCAUAUAUCCGUUACUCAUCAACUAUUUGAUGAGCUAUUGCACUUGAAAUAAUACCCCUUGAAGUGCUAUUCUUGAUGUACUAUUAUCUCAGUAGUUAUAAAUGUAAUUGUUCCACUGUCAUCCUAGGAUUCAACAUCAGUAUACAAAACCCAGUAGCACAUUAAGUUCCAACAUCAUUUUUUUCCAUCCAAAAUUUGUAUGGAAUAUCUUUUAGAUGAACGUUUGCAUCAGCAUGUCUUAUUUAUUCUUUGUUUUGUUAAUGUAUAUGUAAAUUACUCAUCGUGCAAUGAUUUUAUACAUUUAGCGUCUUACGAUAGAAAGGUUUCAAGUUUGAUUGGACUUGUUUUAAAGCUAGAUAGUUUUUUUUUCAAAGAAAGAAAUCCAGCAAUGACGUGCAUGACUGUAUUUAGGUAUGAUAAUGGCUCUUAUUGAAUUUUAAUUAAUAUACUGCAUUUAUAUGUAUUGGCAUAAAACAGGGACUCAGUUUUAAGGGGAGUGAGAGUGAUCACUCAUUACCACUCUCCUUAAUCCAUUUUUGGUAGAGCGAUUUAUCUCUCCUCAGAAAUUGCUUAACAAGAAUGUCAGUCAAUGAUCAAACUCGAAAACCUCAUUCUCUGUCAAGGUUUUGUAAAUAACAUACAAUUUUAUUGUAAUCAAUAACACACUUGCAAGAAUGACAUUAAAGAUUUCGAUGAGAUAAAUGUUGCAUAGGUCUAUAUUUGAUCGUUUGGUUGUGGGUUGUAACUUUAAUAGUGUACGUUCCUCCAUCCAUUUUGAAAUUUGACAAGAGGGCUCCCCUUGUAUGUCAAAAAAAGAGCUUUUUCUUGUGCUCCCCUAUUGCUCCCCUUAAAAAUUUGAGGAGAGCUUUUUAUUGCUCCCCUCAUAAUCAUGAAACUGAGUCCCUGCAUAAAAGUUUGGUCAGUUGUCAAUCUAUGAGUUUUUUUUAAAUCAAAAGGGGCAUUAGCUUCUUACAUGUACGGUAUUAAAGUAAAUUGCCUUUUUUGAUUGGAGGGGAUAGGAGAGUGUGGAUGUGUUGUAAAGAGGAGCAAGGGAAAGAAAUGUCAACAUAAUACAUUUUUGUAAAGGGGCCAUUAUAAAGAGCUAAUAGGAUAUUGAUAUCUGAAGCAGCUGGAAGUUUUGAUGAAUAUAAUCUUUAAAAAAAAAGAAUGCUUAAGUGUUUAUAUUUUUCUUGAAAUUACAUAGGUAUUGCUAAAAAAAACGGAAAAGGGCUUAUAAGAUUGAAAUUGUAUAUCUUAACACUCAACUUUGAUUUGAAUUAUUUUGGUUGGUGGUGAUUUUUUUACCUGAUUGCUAGGAAAGCAUGAAUGCUUGUAAGCAAGCAACCAGCGUAAGUAAUUUUCUUUUGGUAAUGAAUUAUGAUGUAGAAUUUAUGGAGUCAAUUGUUGUUUUGAUCAAGUUGUGCUUUCAUGCUCAAGGAAAUUUGUUUGGUGAUGUGAUUUGAAUUUUUCUUUGUAAUAAUUUUUUUUAAUAUUUCAUUUGAUUGUAAGGUAUCCCCCCCCCUAUUUUUAAAUGGGAUGAAGUAGUUAUACAAUACUUGUAACCACUGACCAUGCGCAUGUUCUUAAUCUACAAUUUUAAGUGCGUUUGUGAUAUGCACUAUUUAUCACUGAUGAUUUCUUUCUUUGAAAAUUAGAAUAUAAAAGUAAGAGUAGAUGAUUUUUGUGGAAUGCAAUGAGUGUAAAUAAGCAGCAGACUUGUUUGUGUAUACAUUGACCAAAAUCAAACUAUAUGUAUAUUUUUGUAACAAACUGCUAUCUUCCAACUUUGAUUCUUCUUUCUCUUCUUCGCAUUUUACUUCUUUCUUCUUUUGCAAAGUGAACAAUUUUAUUUCAUGGAAAAGGAAAUAUGCAAAUUAGAUAAUGCCGUUCGAGAUUACCUAGUAUGUAGUUAAACUUGGGAUGUUUCUUCAAGUUGUAAGUUUGAAUUGUAAAUGUUUUAUAUGUGUGGACUGAAUGUAAUUGUUGCACCAUGCAGUUAUUAUUUCCAUGACUAUUGAAGAUAUUAUUCAUUUACUACUAUCCUGUGGAUAGGCUGUAAACACAAAUAUCUUAUACAUGUAAUCUAUAGGCACAUGUUCACAUAUAGAGUAAUUGGAGGCAAUUGUAGGGUAAGUUAUACACCAAUAAUGAAAAAAAUAUAUAUUUUAAGAUCAGUAACCAAUUGAGAUCUCUCUACUAAUUAAUGAAUAUACUGAUACAUCAUCAUAGAAAAAAAAGUAAAUUUUAUGCAACUAACAUGUAAGGAGAUGUAAUAGAUAACAAACAUGUCAUUUUCCUUGGCAUUACAAGAUUCAUUGCUCCCAGUUUUUCUACAAAAACUGUAAUUGUCUUAUCAUUUUGGAGAAAAAGACUUAAUUUUACUGCUGACAAUCAAAGAUGCCUAAUUAUGUCCUUUUAUUUCGGGAACAUAUGAGGGAAGGUAACAUUCCAUGAUAAUAAAAGAACAUGAUGUAAUUUAGUUAUGUAAGAUAUUUACAUGUCUUCUGAUAUAACUCAGUUAGGGUUAGGACUUUCAUGAGAAUUCUAUGUUACAAGUACUAAAAUGUAUGUACCGUCUAUCUUUUCGGGCACUUUUUAUCAUUAUACAUUGUCUACCCAACAGAUAUAUUGAAAGUGUGGAUUUUCUCUUUUUAAGUGUGUGAGGAAAUGGUAGAUGAAGUGAUGUUUUUUUUUUAUGAAAACCAUUCCAAAUUUCCCUUGAACAUUUCAGUGACAGUCAUUUCUUGAGUUUCCAAAAUCGGUGGAAGGGGUAGUCGGUGAAACAAUUUGAAGUUGUGCACAUUAGUGGCUGUCAAUAUAAACUCUAAAAAUUAUGUUUAUCAUUUUUUUUGUAAAUGAAACUAGUUAUAUUUGUAGAAGUGUAUGUCCAUGUCUUUUGAUCUGAUUUAAAGCAUUGUUCUACUCUCAAUGAAACUGACUACAAAUCAAUCAAUUGUUCAGCCAUUCGAAAUUACAUAAUACAGACAUGCCAACCGUUCCCUUUUAGAGUAUUUGUUCCUCUUUUUUGCUAUAAACACACAAAAACUCUUUUUGUAUGAUUUGUUACUUUAUUUAUAUUUUCGAUCAUGGAGUAUGUAUUAUACACAGCGCGUGACACUAGCGCCGUUCUGACAGUUACAGACCGGUAAAAAUCACUUUCGAGCCAGUAACUUGUUGCAUGAAAAGAACAAGUAAAUUCUUGCAUACGAGCACAUGUUUAAAAGGGUGAAUUAUAAAGUUUUCAAGUAGAGUCAUUUCACAUGUUUUCCACCGAUCUCACUGCAAAAGGUUGGCAAUUGUUACGUUGAGACAAAUUUUUUAAAAUAAUCCUUUUUGUCAAUUUUUUUUUCCUUAUAAGAAUACUUUGAAGGUUGGCAGGUCUGAUAAUAGCUUUGAUUGGUUUGGAGUUGAUUUCAUUAGUUUCACUAUAGCAUCGAGUUCGAGAAAUUGAUAUGGCUGACCAUAAGCAUUAUACAUUACAGUUUCACCACUUGCAAGAUUUUUUUUUUUAAUUAUAAAUUUGAAAUUAAACCCUUUCUAAUAGUCCUUUAUUUAACAAGAUCAAUCAUUGGAUUAAUAAACAAGUGUCUUUGAGUAUUUCUAUUUCACUACCUUGAAAAUUGAACAAAAAUAGGAUGCCUUUUCCAACCAUCUUUAAUAUAUAAUCUUUGCCAGUUCCUAUUUCAAAUUUUUUCUGUGAUAUAAAAUUUUUUUUUUCAAUCCCAACUGAAUUGUAUUUCCUUUUAAUGAGAAUUUUAUCUUGUAUUUUUAACAGUAGAUUCAAUCUCAUUGCAAGCAAAAGCUGCAGUUGAAAAGGAAACUAAAUUGUGCGAGAUUGUGUGUUGAUUGCUGGGAGUCUUAAGAUAUUGGUAUGUAUGCAAAUUAAAAUAUGAUGUGACAAUGUUUAUGUAUCCUUCCUUAUGUGAUAUUUUUGUGUGCAUUCUUCACCAUGAAGAAAUGGAUGUAGGAAAUUUAAAGCAAUGUGUAAUAAAUACAUUCUGAAUGUAUGCCUAA